GAAGGACUGCUUACUAGUUGCCAGCUCGUCAUUACAAAGCUAAACUGCCGCUUAUGUGACUCGACAACUUAAACGUUGUAGAAUUUCUUUAAAAAAAAAUAUUGAAAACAUUUUUGUACCGUUGUCAGUCCCUUCCCCCCCCCCGAACGAUAGCCAACCCUAUCUUUUUUUUUUUUGUCUCCCCAGCAGAGAAGGCGGAAUACGACAGCGGAAGAACUUGGUCACAGUGCAGCAUUUUUUGGGGUUAGUUAGCCGUGUCAACAUUAGCAGGCUCUUCUGACAUGCCGAAAUCUCCUAGAGAUUCCCACUUUUAGCCGUUCGGCACGCGACCGACCCGAGCAGAACGCUACGAUAGGACGUGCGAAAUUAAUCUUGAAUUUUCUUGGGCUGCCGGAGCUCCUCACGCACACAAGUAAGGAACGAAAAGGAGUAUGUCUCGCGCUAUGGUUGUGGGACUAUAGCUCGAGCCAGAAGAUUUCUACACUCAAAAAAUCCAGCUCGCAGGGAGUGUCCCACCUUUCUCUUUGCCACAUCUGCCAAGACUGCUGCAAUGCUGACAGAUAACAGGAAGCGCCACCGGAGCGGCGACAGUGAAGAGACUCAACAGCUGAGUCCUCAGGCAAAAAGGUCAGGGGGGGAUCCCUGCCUACUUGUGUCUGACUUGGACUCCGAGUCUUCGAGCAGUGACAGCAGUAGCGGCAUCUGCAAUAUGGAGAGACCGCCGAUGGUGGUCACGAGCAGGCCGUGCAUCCACAGCCAGAGCAACCGCAUCCCUCAGUACCCCCCCGCCGGCAAGCCCAAGGACUCGGCGAUCUCGGUGCAGCACGGUUUCCAUGGCGACGGCGGCACUUUCUCUUACGACUCCAUCAACAGAGUCCUAAGGGAGGCGCACUUCAGCAGUCUACAGACGAGGGGGCGCCCGGGAUCGACAUGACCGGCGACGCCCGGUGACCCCGUUUUCACGUCUCUCGCCCGAGUUUGAACGGGACUGCCCUCGGUCCAAGCGGGCGAGGGGCGUGAUUGAAGUGUGGGGACGUUUACAUAUUAUGGGCCGUGAGGCUCAUCCCCACCCCCCUGCCAUAUACCAUUCGUGAAGACCAUAUGCACAUUUGCCUUUUCACGGCCCAGCCACUGUGGUUUCCUGUGCAGUAUUGAUAAUGCGUGUGUGUGUGUGCGAGCGCCCUGUGCACUUUAUAAAAAAAGAGUUAUAAUUCUCUUGACAUGCGUGCAUUGAUGUGUGUUCAUUGGUGCUAAUCAUGAGAGAAGUGGGAUCCAAAGUGCUUGCAAAAGUAAAUAAAGUGACGCACUUUACUCCAAAAGCAGUGCUUCUGUUUCCACCUGCCCCCAACCAUCACAUUAAUUUUACACCCCAUGUACAAAAUACUGCAUACAGUUGUGCUUUGAAAUCAUCUUUACCCAUUGAAAUGAAUGGGAAUGGCAUUAAUGAAUUCCACCCCCUCCCCCAAAUAAGUGUUUAAAUUGAGUAUAAUAGUACUCUAAUGUUGUAGACUUAAAAAAAAAAAAAAAAAUUACAUUAUGGCUUCUUGCUGCAAUCCAAUUCAUUAUGCUGCUCUUUCUGGUGUGCCCAAUUUGUUGAGUAUUUGAGAAACUGCUGCUGAAUCAGCCCAACAACUGCUCGUAAACCGAAAAUCUCGUAAAAGAGGUCAGCUGGCUCGUAUUUCAAGACACAAGAAACAAAAAUGACUAAAAUUCACACGGGCUUUAUUGAAAACAGCUACAAUUUAGAGGGAAAUCCGUGAAAUACGUCCUCAUGAACACAAAUUGGCUCAAAUUGUAUGGAGUCUAGUUCACAUGUACAGUGAAGAAAAUAAGUAUUUGAACACCCUGCUAUAUUGCAAGUUCUCCCACUUAGAAAUCAUGGAGGGGUCUGAAAUUUUCAUCAGAAAUCAUCGAAAAAGAAAAAUCCAGAAAUCACAAUGUAUGACUCUCUUAACGAUGUAUUUGUGUGAUACAGCUGCAAAUAAGUAUUUGAACACUUGGUCUAUCAGCUAGAAUUCUGACCCUCAAAAGACCUGUUAGUCCGCCUUUAAGGAAACGUUUGACCUAAUUGCAAAGAAAGGCUACUGUACCAAAUAGUAACAUUGUUUUUUUUUCAGGUGUUCAAGUACUUAUUUGUAGCUGUAUCACACAAUUCGUCAAAAAAAUCUUACAUUGUGAUUUCUGGAUUUUACUUUUUAGAUUCUCUCACAGUGAACAUGCACCUACGCUGGAAAUUUCAGACCCCUCCAUGAUUUCUUAAGUGAGAGAACUUGCAAUAUAGCAGGGUGUUCAAAUACUUAUUUUCUUCACUGUACAAAGCUGAAACCAGCAGUUUUCAAAAUUAACAUUUCGCAGCAGUCCAUUUAACAUGACAGGGCAUGCAAACUACUGUGUGAUAAAAUUAAGACAGUAAAUUAAGCGCAUGUGCUUUAUUUGUUUACAUGACAGACUGGAAUUGUUGAAGAUAUUCUGCAUAUUACUGACCACUGUAACUGUACUUUUGUGUGACCAAUCACUUUUUCUAAACAGUUGUUUUGCCACAACAACAUCUAGUUGUGUAGCCAUGCACUCUAGCGCCACUCCUGUAGUAGACAAGCUCUAAACACAAUUUUAAACCUCACAAUCAUUUACAUUAGUGUAAUAGCAAAUACUGGAAGACAACUGACUCAGCGGCUUUUUUAGUGCAAACCAAAGUGCAAGCUGGAGGAGUUUUAGAGGUGUUUUUUUGUUACCUAAAAUGAAUCCUGAGAUAAAACUCAAAACUUUCUCCACGUCAGAUCCUCUCAAUACCUGUGGAGACAAAAAAAGUCCAAAAAAAUGAGUACAGCACUGUGCGGAUAUUUGAACAUGACCACAUUUGUCUCCUGCAUGAAGCUGACAUCCAUGUAGACAAAUAUUUCACUUCUACCAGGGUUGGGCACACUUUUGUGGUUAAGGGCCAUAUUUAAUUUUUAAGACAUGGGCCAGUUCAUUUGUGGAAUAAUUCAAACAAAACGUAUACUACAUAUAUAUUUUAUAAUAAAGUACUCAUCAUUUUCAUUUUAUUCAUAAUUGGCCAGUGGAUUCAUAAAAUAUAUAAAAAGCUAAGUGUAAACGUGUAGUCCAGGUGUCAAACUUCAGGUCCGGGGGCCAGAUCUGGCCCGCCACAUGAUUUUGUGUGGCCCACCAAGCCAAAAUGUAGUGUCAAUUUCCGUGACUCUAGUAAAAAUCUGUACCAAAAUUUAAAAUUCUCAUAUAUCUUAAUGAUAAAGUUGAGAUAGCAAGCAUUUUUGUGUUACUAAACGUGAAUAGUUGGAAAAACCACAUGACCCUUGAUUUCUGAUUCCAAAAUUAGUUC